GAUCAAUUUAAAUGAUAUUUACUUUUCAAAAUCGCAUUGAAUGGUCGAAAAUGAAACCAAACGUUUGUCUAUUAUAUUCCUCCUUGGUAACAACCGGAAAAUGGAUAAAUCUUUUAAUAAUUGUUUCAGAAACAUAGGAUUUCCUACACUUCGUUUUCAUAAAGAACCUUGAAUUAGAAUAUUUGUUUAAAAAUUAAUUAUUAAAUGGAAAUAAAAGUGUAAAAAAAAUGGAGUGUUCAAGAAGACUUUAAUAUAAUAGUGAAAUUAGUAUAUGGUUAGACAAGUAAUAUUAAACAAACUCUACUAAAAACAUUUUAAAAUCCAAUACAUAUUGACGACAGUCAAAUGCAUAAUUUCUCCAAUGUUUUUAAUAUUUUAAAUUAAUGAAAGGAUUUCACUAAAUAAAAGACUCUUUCAAGUCUGAAAAUAGAAAGCAUACACAUAGGUUAACCUAGAAGUGUCAAAAUAAGAUUUCAUUUAGUUCUUUGUGUGAAACGCCCAAAUGGAUUGGAACAGCUGAAUCUAAAUAAUGAGGUGAAAACCCUGUGCCGAUUACAUCAUGUCGCCGAUUGACGGUUACUUCCUGUAUCUGGCUUCCCAUCUUGACAAACUAAGGCAGGGUGACAUAACUGAGACCGGAAACUGGCUGCAGAAACCGUGUAGAUAUCAGUCAUAUAUCAACCCGCAGGAGCUUAAGACCUGGUCCCUGUGGAGAGCCGUACUGGCAGAGUUUCUAGCCACGCUACUGUUCGUGUUUAUAGGAACCAUGUCAGCCGUAGACAUAGUCCCUAUAACAGACUCAGCUGGGAAGUUCGUCAGGAUCGGCUUGACUUUUGGUCUGAUGAUUGCCGUUUGUAUCCAAAUGUUUGGUCACGUGUCUGGAGGUCACAUGAACCCAGCAGUCUCCUUGGCAAUGGCCGUUGCUAUGGAGAUAAGUCCAGCACGUGCAGUGCUUUACACGGUGGCCCAGUGUUGUGGUGGGAUGCUUGGUUCUCUGCUUUUAAAAGGUGUGACCCCUGGUGCGUUGAACGACAACCUUGGACUGACCACAGUAAAACCUGACCUCAAUGGUGGCCAGGCGUUUGCGUGCGAGCUGGUGUUCACCUUUAUUUUGGUCAUGUCCAUAUUCGGGUGCACAGACCCCAGCAGAGCCUUGUUCGGAAGCCCAGCCCUUGGUAUUGGACUCACUGUGUCCGUCCUUCACUUCGCCUCUAUUCCGUUUACCGGCGCAAGCAUGAACCCAGCGAGAUCCUUCGCAUCCUCGGUCGUCUCGAAUAAUUUCGACUAUCAUUGGGUAUACUGGGUGGGUCCGGUGAUGGGCGGAGUGACCGCAGCGAUUGCAUACAAGUACCUGUUCUCUCCCUACCGUCAAACAUCAUCCUUCCCGGAGACCGCCCAACAACUUAUGGACUCCAAAGAUGUGAUCGUACUACCCAAGGACUACUUUGGCGAAUCGGGCAGAUCUAUCGUCAAAUCUUCCAAAUUCUGAGAAUGCUGUUUCAUUUGCAAUGACAUAUACCUUUGAAAACAUGAUCAACUGCGUUCUCUAUAUACCAUUCUGUAUACCUUGUAGUUUCUUAAGUGUAACCCAUGGGCAUACUUCAUGUGUUUAAAUAGUGGGCAAAUUGUGUAAUGUGUUAUAUCUCAUGCUAUACAAUGUUUGGCAUAUAUUGAUCUUUUUCCUGGUCAAUAAGCAAUCACGGGACAAACUUGUGUGCGCUUAAAUGUACAUACUGUUCACAUCAGUGACUUCGUCUCGGUGAAAAAUUCUUGGUGGCCAUAGAAAUGGUUUAAAAGUCAAUAACCGUAUAUAUGACAUUGUUUUGAAAUUUGCAUUUUCAUUUAUUUUCAUAUGAAUCUAUCCUGAACUGUGCCAUUUGUAUUUUAAGAGAAAUGUACUCUUACGAAGCUUUGUUUCAUAUUGCUAAUACAUAUAUAAAUAAAAAGAA